AGUCUGACUGUUUACGCGGGCGGGACUGGUUCCACUUCUGGCUCCGCCUCAAAAGCAGUGUCAUUGAUGCCGUCAGCAGCGUCAUUUGUACGUUUGAUAUAAGUAGGGAUCAAUAGCGUCUUGUAAGCCGUAAGAGGCUAGCAGUGUGAGACAGAUGUUCAUUGAGUGUGUGUGAUCCACGGGUAGGUGUUACGCAGUUUGACCAGAGACAGGCGUCGAAUCUUGCUAAUCUGUAUGGAAAUUGUGUGUUUACACUGUUGUGAUUAUCAGGCGGCGUGCCAUCAGCAGCCGAUACUUGCAGUGAGACGUGGUUACAGCACUAAAGGUAUAUAAGCUGUAUGGUGACGACAGUCGGGCUCCACUGAUGCCCUGUAGAUAUCUACGAUGAACCUUCCGUCUUAAAACACUUCCAUCUGUGGUCAUCGUAAGACAUUUUUUGACACGUGAUCAUUUCAGUGGUCAAUUCAAAUGUGGUCGAUGAACCUGUUGUCGUGGUACUUCCGACUCUAGUCACCAUAGACAUUUUUGACUUGUGGUCAAUUUAAAUGUGAUGCGACGUGAAGUUACUUGUGGUUCGUGGUUGAGUUACGUCAUUUUGGUUUUUGUGGCUGUAGCCACCUGUUUGUGGUCAGCGUUACGCUCGCGACGUGUGGUCAAACGACACAUGUGGUCAGUUGACACUUGUAGCACUUAGACGUCUUAUACUAUUAGUGGCACAUGGGGAUUACAAAACAGCGUGAUAAUAUUCAAUAUUGAUGGUCCCCUAGCUAUUUUCGCCAUGGACAUAUGCAAUCUCUUGGUCACGAUGUCCCUGAUGGGCGAGUCCCUGUACGUCCUCUCAAACAACGAUGACGAAAAACCUUUGACAAACAACAUAUUCCCGGAGAGACACAGAAUCCCGUCUCCGGACAUGUUUCCGGGGCAACACAUGAGUCCCUCGCCGUCUAACGAUCCCAGACCGUUCAUACACCUUCCUCCAUUUAACGGUCAAUAUAGACCAAGGAAAAAGGACCUUAAGACAAAGAAAUUGUUGAAAAAACUCGGUGAAAGCUUUAUGCCAUUUUGGAUGUCCAUCGAAUCUCCAUUAAGUUCAUCCUCUGAUUUUGACUUUGUGACUUUAUCAACUGCAGAGCAGAGCAAUAUAGACGGAAGAUUGGCGGAAGACUUUGACCAUAUAAACUUCACCUUCACCAAUCGUAACGGGCUGGUGGUAGACGUAGGCGAGGAAAACAUCGAACUCUUCAAACGGUGGCUCAUCGUGCAUGGCACGUGCCAGGUCACGUAUGAGUGGGAGGACCAGGGUCCGCUGUUUUGGCCACGAUGGAUAAAAAAGGGAACAUGUUCCAAUGACGUUUCAUGUUCCUGGCCAAUCGGAAUGCACUGUGUCCCAAAAGAGAGUAAAAUGGUUCAGUUACUUCGAUGGAACUGCCGCAUGAGAAGGCCGAGAAAAGACUUCCGACGGAAACAUUUGAACCAAAUAAUGGCUGGUGUAACGAGAAAGCGGAAAAAUCGUAAAAAGCGGAUGAGAUGUCGAUGGAUUAAGGUUCAAUAUCCGGUCACUGAUGAAUGUUUCUGUUCGUGUUAACUAAUGCUAGAUAGUUCACUUGUGUGAACUUGAAACACAUUUUACACAAAUGCUAUUGAACUCGUGGUUCUGGGACACACAUAUCCAAACACGUGGCGCGUCGUUCAACUCCUGACAGUACGGCAGAUCGGAUUGAUACAUUAUAUGUUAUAGGAUAAUGAUUUGUCACAAUCGAUCAUUGCAGUGCCACUAGUAUACAGCAUCGGUAAAUACUAGUACUGUGGCCACCACUGACACCUGGACUUAACGCUGAACAGUUUUGUCAAGUUAGACAAAUAUAGGGAUUUAUAGUGUACUAGAAGAAGACGAACAGAAGAAAGUUUAAGUGGGCUGUUUCCGCUAGGCUGAUGUAGAGGAGAAUUUGAGUUAUAAACUACAUUGUACCAAGACAUUUUCUUUAUAAGAUAUUCAUUAAAACGACAGUUUAUAUUUCUUAAGAAACUUUCUAACGGUAUCUUCAAGAAGUCUUGACAUUCAAAGUUCAUAUUCAGUAAAACCCCAAUAUAAGGCCCCAUCAUUUUAAUUGCCACCUCGCAUAACGAAAUUAAAUAUUUCAAGGUCCAAUUUUUAUUCCUUUUUCAUCAAAUCCGUCAUACGUCUCAACCGUUAUUUAUCAACUAACCCCUUUAUAAUGCCAAACUCUUGCGGGACAAACAGUGGCAGUAUAACGAAGUGUUAUGGUAUAUAUGCAUAUUUGCAAAUAAAACAAUUUCAACAUCCUGUUAUCUCGCACUCUAUUAACAGUUCGAUGUUCAUAUGUAGGUUCAGAGUACCGUUAUAGCUGCGUAUUAUCUUUUUCAAUUGUAUCAUUAAAUACAAAUGUAAGCCCAUCCGAUAGUCUUCAAUUCAGGGGAACCCAAGUGUGUAUGUUUUAUUGAAACAUCGAUCGACGGCUGCCUUGAUCGAUUUUUGUGUUGUUGAGAAUUUCUUAGCUAUGUUAUUAAUUUUCAAAAGGCGUUGAUAAGUGGCAAAUAUUGCACGUGUCCCUAUCCGCGGUCGCAGAUGGCGCAAGAUUUUGUGUGAAUGAAUACGUUCACGAGUGCACGUAGCGCGCGACUCGGAAUGUGUAUAUAUUUCCGCACAAUAAACGAGUUCUAUCUGUGACAUAAGAUGGAGAGAUGUGUGAUGUUGCAUUUACGACAUACCCAGAACUGAUUGUUAGGUGCAUAUUGCAUUUUCUGAAGAAGAAAAACAAACAAACUAAAAGCUAUCCUGUUUCAAUGUUGUUCUUUAUUUUUUACGUUGACAUUGAGCCUUCGGAGCUUUCCGGCUAAAGCUGUAGUCCCGCAAUUUAAGUGAAAGUGUCAACGAUUCAUUCAUCUCACAUUUGAUUGUUUUAAAGUUACGCUGUUUUGGAAAAGUUCUGACGUCAUUGUUUUACACAGCUAAUGUCGGACACAUCGGGGAGUAGAGGGAGGCUAUCUCCUAUUUCGAACAGGCGCGUCCACCAUUUUGUCAUAUCAAAAUCUAUAUAUAUAUAUCAACAUCGUAGAAUGUAGACAAGGCUACGUGCUGAACCGGAAGUGAAGUUACAUACAGGUUUUGUAAUUCUAUGCAACUGACGGUUUGUUGUUGAAAUUGAACUGUUUUGAAUAUUCAACAGUGUCUAUAAUUUUAUUUGGUUCAGGGAACUACAUUUCUGCGCGAGAAGUUAUAUUGAGUAACGCGCCUCAGUCAAAAUAAUCACCGUGGACUUUCAUACGCAGGUUAGGAUAUGGUAGUAUAUGUACAGUUAUGAGUUGAGAGAAAAAAAACACUUGGAUACACCUUGGAGGUCACAAUGGUAAACGAUUUGACCUGAUGGUAUGAUACAAAUCUGACGAAGGUGACAGAUCAUCAUCGAAACUAUAACAGAUUAAUAACCUGUAUACGGUUGUGUCUAAAACAUUGCUUUACAUGUAUAUGAAUUCAGCAUGUUUUCAGACAAACUCUGGUAGACAAAUAAAAGACACUGUACUAAUUAAAAAAAAAGUCGCCUGCAAAAUU